AGGUGACAGGAGCUCCGUACUCUUUUCAGUACAUAUGUAAUCCCCCCCGUCCUGGUGUGAAUGAGCACCUGGGCAUGCUCUGCUCCCUUUGGGAAUUCAGGACCUCCCUCAUUCUGAGUGUGGCAGCACUGUGAACUUCCACAAACCAGCGGGGAACUCAGCCUCUGCCUCCUACCUGUACUCUUCCCUCCUAAAUCUAGAAAAACCAUGUUUCAUUGGUUAGUGUCUCUGGUGUGAAUUGUUUCUUGGGUCCCAAGAAAUCACAAAUCAGGAAUUCUUCUUUUUCCAUUUUUUGCUAUGUCUGAGGUACUAAAAGAUGCUCUGUCCUUCUUCAAAGGGCUUGGAGGGGAAAACCUAAGCUUCCUGGCUUCCCAAGGUGGACCCCUAAACUCUGUCCUUCAUGGUGGAGAGCUGCAGUCACUUCUUUACCAUUCUGGGCAUGAUACCCUAUUCAGUUUUGUGAGUUUCUGGUGACACACUUAUUUGAUUCCUUUACUGAUGUAAAAUUCUUCUUGCUGAUCUUAAAUUCGCAGAAACCAUCAAUUAGGUCUCCCUUAAGUUCCCCCCACCCCUCUGCUGCUUUUAUCCACUAGCAAACCAAUAGGUCACAGGUUUGAAACCCUGCUCUUAUUUCUCUACCCUCUGUCUCUGGGUAUAUCAUAUAUGCAGAUCAAAGUAUAUACUUUGUGUAUAGAGUCUGAGCUCCAGGAGGCAAGAGAGUGAUAGGUAAAAGUGAUUCAAGGUCAACAGUCUCUUGUGGGAUAGACCUUAAAAGGUUUAUGGCCUUAAUGGGAUUUUCUCCUACUGCCUAAUUGUGUUUGACACUUGGCAUCUUAAACAGUAUGCAUUUUAAGGAACUCUGGCAUUCCAGGACACUCUUGACCAACCAACCUCAGACACAGCCAUUUUCCUAUGACACUUAAGGAACAGGCUUGAUUUUUCACUGUAAUCUAGGGAGUUUAUCAUCAUCUCUAGGAAAGGGUAUAAUAUACAAUUUAGGGCAAUGAGCCUGCCAGGACUAUGGUGGUGCCACUGUGUCUUUGAGGUGUGCUGGAAUGGUAUGAUGACUUAAAAAGAUGAGUAAUGUGUAUUCCACAUUAAAAAGAGAAAUAAUGUGUAUUCCACAUUUGCAAAACUCAAAGAGUAUUGAUUCUUCUCCACAGCAUUUUCCAAAGUGCUUUUUAAUGUUUCUUUCUGAUGCCCUCCCUGUGCAAAGGUUAAGUAGCAUUGUCAUCCUUGCAUUGAUGAGGAAAGUGGAACGAGGGGAGGUUAACUGACUUGCCUGGGGCUCCGGAGCAAGGCUAGCUCAGUGGGAAUAGUUGCUGUGUGUAACUUCUGCUUUUCACUGAAGAGCCUGCAGACCCAGGACUGCCUGGUGGAGUCUCCUUAAUGGAAGCAAGAAAAGCUCCCAGCCAAGGAAGGAGCAUUCUUGCAAGUUCUGUUUGGGGGCUGCUAAGAUGGAAAAAGAAGAUACACAGGGUGUAUGUGAGGCCCAGGACGCAGAAGACAAAGGGAUGGGCUCUGAUUUUGAGAAUUCUGAAGACAGGGAAGGGGACCUGGAAGAAAGAGGAAUGGGCUCUAAUCCACAGGACACAGACAAAAGAGGUCAGCCGGAGCAGGAGAUGGGCCCCGACACACGGGAUGAAGCUCUAAGAGGGGACUCAGAGGAGAGGGAACUGGUGUCUGACAUCUGUGCAGAGGGGCUGCUGAGUGAGGAAGAAGGGGCUGCUUUCCGUGAGGAAGAUGAUUACCAAUCCGGUGUCGCCGAGAUGGCGAUGUUCCCAGGACUGUCUGAGUCCGACAGCAUUUCCCGGAGCCCCGGCGAAGAGGAGGAGGUGGAGAGCGCUGGGGAGAACCGGCUGGAGGAGGAAGAGGGUCAGGCGUCCCAUCCCGCUCUUCCCUGGCGGCGGCACCUCUCCUUGGGGGGUCGGCACAGGGCUGACCAGCCCGCGCACCACCGCUUCCGCCGGCUCCACCACCCCGUGGCCGUGGACCUCGGGGAGCUCGACAGCCUGGUGGCCAGCAUCAUGGACGCACCCACCAUCUGCCCCGACUGCGGGGAGAGCUUCAGCCCGGGCGCUGCCUUCCUGCAGCACCAGCGCAUGCACCGCCUGGCGGAGGCGGCCACCGCGGCAGGACUGGAGCCUUUCGGCCUGGCGGGCGAGUGUGGCGCGAUGGUGGGGCUGAUGGGUGUGGGCGGGACGGGGGGCUUUGGGGCGGCGCCCGCACUGGCCCGAAACCCGCGUGAGAAGCCGUUCCGCUGCGGGGAGUGCGGCAAGGGCUUCAGUCGCAACACCUACCUGACCAACCACCUGCGCCUGCACACCGGCGAGCGGCCGAACCUGUGCGCCGACUGCGGCAAGAGCUUCAGCUGGCGUGCCGACUUGCUCAAGCACCGGCGCCUGCACACCGGAGAGAAGCCCUACCCGUGCCCAGAGUGCGGCGAGGCCUUCAGCCUCAGCUCGCACCUGCUGAGUCACCGGCGCGCGCACGCGGCGGCCAGUGGCGCGGAGGCGGCGGCGCUGCGGCCCUUCGCCUGCGGGGAGUGCGGCAAGGGCUUCGUGCGCCGCUCGCACCUUGCCAACCACCAGCGCAUCCAUACGGGCGAGAAACCCCACGGCUGCAGCGAGUGCGGCAAGCGCUUCAGCUGGCGCUCGGACUUGGUGAAGCACCAGCGCGUGCACACGGGCGAGAAGCCCUACAUGUGCUCCGAGUGCGGCGAGACCUUCAGCGUCAGCUCGCACCUCUUCACGCACAAGCGCACGCACUCGGGCGAGCGGCCCUACGUGUGCCGCGAGUGCGGCAAGGGCUUCGGGCGCAACUCGCACCUGGUGAACCACCUGCGCGUGCACACGGGCGAAAAGCCCUUCCGCUGCGGCCAGUGCGAGAAGCGCUUCAGCGACUUCUCCACGCUCACACAGCACCAGCGCACGCACACGGGCGAGAAGCCCUACACGUGCAUUGAGUGCGGCAAGAGCUUCAUCCAGAGCUCGCACUUGAUCCGCCACCGCCGCAUCCACACCGGCAACAAGCCGCACAAGUGCGCGGGCUGUGGCAAGGGUUUCCGCUACAAGACGCACCUCGCGCAGCAUCAGAAGCUGCACCUGUGCUAGGGGCAGAGCCGCAGGAGGCCUUGUGGGGAAUAGAUGUCCUGGGGACAGACCCUAUAGCAAGAUGAGGGAAGGAGUGGGAGGGACAGUCUGACAGUGACUGGGGAGCCUUUUGGUGGUGGGAAUCUUCAAGGGGAUGGUUGAGUAAAAGUUGUUCUGUUGGGAUACUGUAUUUUCACCUGGCUCCUCCCCGGCGAAGAAAUGUUUGGGAAGUGUGCUUGAGCAUGAUGACUUAAAGUACACGCUGUAGGGAGGGGAAGAGCACAGAGGAGCCCGAACUUUGAGGACCUUGGGAAAGGGGCUUUCAAGGGGUGGGGGUGGGGGUGGGGGUCGGGGAGGCGACCUGAAGGCAGGUCACUAGGUUGGGCUGAGAUGGCCCGCGCAAUCAGCGGGGAGAGGGUAUGGUUGGAGAGAGUGUAAUGGGUUAAAAUUAACAGGCAGAUGGGUGUGAAUAAUUCUAUCCUGCCUGCUCUUCCCCCUCUCCCCGGCUGUUAAGGCUGUUAAGCCACUGUUUGUCCUGUCCCCGACAUCAGCUGUAGUUCCAUGCAGAGGGGACCCUCAUCAGUCCUGUGGGAGGGGAUGUUUUCUAUAAUCUUCCCUUCCUUUCUCUGAGCCACAGUUAGCUGCUAUUUUGAGGCAUCCAGGGGAGACUGGGCCGAAAAGCUACAAACUCUCACUUCAAGGGCACAACUUCUGAGGUUUGGAAAUUAAUUUGUAACAACUUUUUCACAUCUGGGAGGUCCUGUUCCUCGUUCUUUGCUUCUUCUUUCAAACUUCUCUAGUUUCGUGCUGGGUCAAGGUGGUCUGUGUGGAAGACCAGACCCUUUCCUGGGUUUAGGAGUGUGCUAGGCCUACUCUUUCUUUCAGGUCCCACUUGUGAUCUUUUAAGUGCAGGGAAGUGGAACAGUCCCAGUAAUGUCUGACUUUUUCUUACCCAGGCCAGCUUGAAGCUUGUUUUGAGAGAACCUCAGACCAUGAACAGUUGGCCCAGUGACCUGCUUCAAAAGUUAAUUAGCUCGGAGUUUUGCUGGCCUUAUGUGAGAAAUCCAGGAAAGCAAAUGUUCACGUGUUAAGGCACCAGGCUCCUCUGUCUCAUUUGCCCUCACUUUUUUAUCUCUGUACCUGUCCCCCUGUGUAGAAAUGGGUGAGAUAAAUCCAACCCCCACUUCCAUCCAUACUGAUAGGAGCUCAAGUCUGAGUAGACAUUUCUUUUUCCUACAUGGGGAGGUACUAGAAAGCUCAAGGCUUUACAGAAGGAGGACAUGAGCAGGGACAAGUGUAAAUUCAAAAUUGCCAAAUAGCACAAGCAUUGAAUGUUUUCUGCUGGUUAUAUAAAUAAAUGCCAAAAGAGCACUUAUAUAUUUGUGAAGUGCUUUAUGCUUUUUAAUGAUUGUCAGUUGUUUCUCGCAUCUUUGUGAGGUAGAUCAGUAUUAUGACCCCUGUCUUAGGAAGGCCUGGGAUGAUGAUAGUGUGGACAGGUGUAGUUUGACCUUUUGUGCUCUCUCGCCCAGCUGCUAGGAAGACUUAACCUGUCUUGAUUUAUAUAAUCAAAUAAAGACACUGAAAAUUCUUAUGCUUGAUGGAAAACUUAAGGCUAGUCUAGAAGGGCCAAAGAUGUCCUUGUUGACAAAGCUGGUCUUUGUCACAUAGUUAGGGUAUCCUAGGUAUGUCCUAUUUCUAGUAGAAGGUUGUGGUUAGAUGACUUGUAUAGAUUUCAGUUACCCAUACUGAAAAUCCCUCCCCUAGGUUAGCCUUUAGAAGUUAGAGUUGUGGAAAACAAUACUGUUUUCUUCACUAGGGAUUGUUACCCUGUAUUUUUUCAUGGAAGUAUCUUCACAAACUGUUGGACACACACUUGAAGGGAAAAAAAAAACUCUUAAGACUGCUUUAGCAAACUUUCCAUGGAUGCUGGUAAUUUAUACUUGAUCAGUUGUAUUCUAACAAAGAACCUCUUUGGGGACUGUAAGAAAGCAUGUCUUUGUUGUUUUAAAAACACUUAAAACAAUCCUGAGAAUUUUGGGCUUGUAUAAUGCCUGAAAACAUGGUUUUGGAAGAUACUAAUUCAUUUAUUUUCUUUUAGUUAAGGUAAUGUGAGCAAAGCAAGUGUCCAAUAUUUGUUCUGACUCUUGUAGUCUGAAUUCAAAGUGUAAGACUCACCUGAAAAUAAUACACCCAAUUUGUAGGUAUUUUAUUUCUUUGUGUUUUUUUACACACGUCUACCUCUUCCAGCUGUUUUAAGUUCUCUCAAGUCCGUGCCUAUGAAAUUGCAUCCAACUUUUGAUUAUUCAUGGUUGAUUAUACACUUUAUGAACUAUUUGGCCUUUUUUGCACUGUUAUACUAUUACAGAGCCUCAUCUACAUCAAGUAUGUAACAUAUUAGGAGCUUUCAAGAAAGGGUUAAUGGCGAGAGGAGAUUGAAGCUAAUGUAAAAUAAUUUCGUGGCAGUGGAAGUCUUUAGACUUCAUUGACCUCUCUUGUUCUUUCUGUUGCCACAGAUAAGGAGCCAGCUAUUGCUUCAGUAUCCCUUCUAUGGACAAGUCCCUUAGCAGAAGAAAACAGUCCAAACACCAACACCCUACUUUCAUGUGCAUUUAAAAUGUGAUUCCAUUUUUCUUAAAAUUCUUCAGGGAACAUAGCUUCACUAAGUGAGUCUAAAUGCAUUCAGGAGGUUGUUUCUUGUAUCUAAUUUUAGAAUAAUAGAAUUUCUUAAGCAGACCCUGUUAACUGUGGUUCACCCUUCAAAGUGUUAAUCUGAAGACUCCUUCCACCAACUCAUUAAUGAUGGUGGAAGCAAGUGUAUCAUCUGUUUUUUGGGGAGGCUGGUCAAGUACAGACUGUCCGUUACUGAGCAAAACCUGGAGCAGUUUCAAUGGUGAAAUGGCUUAAUUAAAUCUGAGUUGGAAGGAGAAGAUGAGACGUUAACCCCUUGAGCCAUAUGGUCUCUUCAAGAUCAAGAGGCUGUACAUAUGUGAAAAAGUACAAAUUAAGAACCUGUGUUUAUAGACAAUCUGAAUGGUGUUUCUGUGCACACAAUUUGUGCAGAAGUUUGUGCACAUUUUCCUUCACUGUAAUGUUAUUUUACAGCUGUUUGUUAAAAUAGUGAAUAAUUUAAUGAUCCUAAAAGUAACAGGUUUUGUGUGAGCGUGUGCUUGUGUAUGUGAGAUUUGCCUUUUAUUUAAUGAUGGUUCCUUGGACAGCAUUCUGGUGUUCAGCAACCAAUAUGGAAUAUUUGUCAUUAAAUCCAUCAGUCUUUUACCA